AAGCGCUUGCGAAGCAACGCGGCUGAAUCGCAGCCUUAACCGUCGGACGCCCGCGUAGUCCCGCGAUCGCGGCGGCCGUCGGCUGCCCCACCCGCGGACAACAAUAACCGCAGCCACCGGCCGCUCCAAAAAACAACCACCAAGUCUUGCGAAUUGAGCCCAGUCCAUCGCGAGGCGGGGAUACUCUCGCUCGACAUCGUCAGAAAACAAGCACCAUGUCUCAGCAUAGCAUGGACGACGUCGUCCGCAACUACGCGCGCGACGUAUUAGGUAUGCAGCGCGAGGACCUCAACGAGUUCCUCUGGAUUGCGGACGAAGCGAUGCGGGCGCCCUUGCCCGACGGCUGGGAGCAGCACGAAGAUGAAAGUAGAGGCAAGCCGUACUACGUUAAUGAAGACACGGGCGAGACGCAGUGGACGCACCCGUCGGACGACUUUUAUCGCGAGAAGUUCCAGCGGUUGCGGCGUUCACGAAGACCGCAGCUGCCCGACCGGGGCCGGGACUUUCGCGGGGGGCGUGGUAGGUCUCCACCUCGACGGCGGUCGCCGUCGCCCCGUCGACCAGGUGGUCGGCGCUCGCCUUCUCCGCAGCGACGGCGCAUGUCGCCCCGGCGAGGCGGGCCGCGGCGGUCGCCGUCGCCCCGACGACAACAGCGGAGGUCGCCGUCGCCGCAACGGCGCGGCCCCGUGCGCCGCGGGCCCGGCGGGCCCGGCGGCCGCCAGUCGCCGUCGCCGCAACGACGGCCUGUACAACGCCGCCGGUCGCCGUCGCCUCAAAGACGGAGACGGUCGCCGUCGCCGCAAAGGCGCCGGUCGCCGUCGCCGCGACGGAUGAGGCCGCCCGCGCGCCGCGACGACGAUAGCGUCCAGAGAGAACCCGUGCGCGUCCGCGUCGGCGGCGCGUUACCUCGACGAAGAUCACCCUCGCCCUCACUCAGCGAGUCCAUGGACACCGCGCCGUCCGCCCAGAAGCCCGUCGUGUCGCGACCCGUCAUGAAGGUCGUCAAGAGGGUCCCGGCACCAGCACCGACACCUGCAAAACCAUCACCGAAGAAAGCCCCAAUGUCCAUCACCAUCGGCGCGGGGAGCCCGGCCCCCAAACCCACUAUAGAUGGCGUCGAGCUCGGGAACACGACGGACUCGAGCGUCGACGCGAUCACACCAAAAUCUUCAGUAGUGGAGAAGGCAAAUGCAUUUCUCGAAAGGUCUCCUCGUUUGUCGCUGGACAGCAGCAUGGACGACGACACGACGGUCACACCUUCCUCAGCUAGAAGGCCUUCGCGUAGACUCUCGAAGCAGACGACGAAGCCCGCCGUAUCGUUACCCAAAGUGGAAGCUCCCUCUGUGAAGAAAGAAUUUAAAAUAGGGGCCUCGGCCGCGCUGGCCGACGCGCUGAAGGCCGAGAAGUCUAGGGGCGACGCGCUGGAGGUCGAGAAGCGCUCUUUGCAAUCGAGAGUGGCAUCAUUGGAGGCUGAGUCCGAGUCGCUCAAGACGCAGUCGUCGGGCGUCCACCAGGACCACCAGGCCGCGCGGCAAGAAGCGGCGCGCUUGGCUGGUUUGGUUGCAUCAUUACAGACCGAGAAGGCUACGUCAGAUCGAGCCCUAGCUGAUAUGCGCGCGCAAGCCGGCGGCGCGCACGCGCGCCACACCGAAGCUGAGGCUGCAUUGGAGGAGUUACGAGAGAUAAAAACGAAGUUGGAGGUCGAGAACGCGUCACUGAGACGAAGGGGUUUGGAUCUCGGCGACGCCGACGAGCGCCAUAAAACAGCGGAAAAGUCGUUGCGGGAGGCCGAAUUAACGGCGUCGAAGGCUAAGAAUGAUGCGCACCAUGCUACGAGGUCCUUGAAAAGUGUGGAGAGCGAGCGGGACGCCCUGCGGGCGACGCUGAAGAAGGCCGCGGACGACACGGCGCAAGCGCGGGCGGAGCUCGAGGCGGUCCGGCACUUGGGCGCGGAGUCGAAGUUGGCCGGAGAUGCUGCUUUGAGAGAAUUGGAACGGUUGCGAGACGAACGGGCCCGUCGCCAUGCUCGCGAACACGACCACGCCAUGGCUGCUGGUUUGGCGCGGUCGGAGCUAGAUGCGGCUCGAUCUAGAUCUGCAGAAGCUUCUAGGAGAGCGUUGGAGGCCGAGUCGAAAUUGGCCGACUUACAACAUGCACACGAGUCAUCUCUAAGAGAUCUCAAAGCGCAAUGUGAUCGAUUCCAGCGAGAACGCGACGUGGCGAGGGAGGACGCGCAACACGCUCUAGACAGAGAGGAAGCGGGUCGCGCCGAACGCCACGCCUUGGAGGAGGCGUUGCGGGACGCCACUGCGUCAGCAAACGCUCUCAAAAGGCAAAUUGGCGUCGCGUCAGCUCCCGCGGAGCACGCGAAGCUACAAGCGGAACGAGCUCUGGAACGAGCAAGAAGUGACAGAGACGCGGCAAAAGCGGAACUCGAAAGUCUGAAACGGGUCCACGCCGCGAACAUCGACGCCAUCAAGGCCGAAUCGGAAGUUGAGAUCCGACAGAUUGCAACCGCGGCCGCGGCCGAGGCGGACGAGGACUGGUCUUGCAGGUUGGCCGAGGCCGUGCGCGAUGUCAGAGAUCGGUGCAUCCAACGGGACCGGGACCAGGCCGACGAGAUCGCGUCGCUCCGACAGGCUUUAUCUGACGUCGAAGUUAGAUAUGCGGAGCAGCUGAACAGGGAACGUUCUGCCUUAUUGCAAGCUCGGGCCGAGGCGGACGCAUUGAAACGAUCAUCCAUACCGGUCCAGCCUACAAAUAUCUAUCGUGAUCUACCUCCACCACCACCACCGGUCCAGAGUGUCGGUUUGGGUGAACUCGCGUCGCGCUUACAGGCCAUGCAGGCCGCCUUUCGAGCCCAGGCCUACAGCGUGCCUGCAAUAAAUGUGGAGCCGCCUCGACAACGACCGCGGGCGGGUUUAUCGGUCGGCGUCGCGGCGCUCGUGGCGGCGGACCGUAACCUGCCGCCGCCGACGCUGGAGCGAGCACCAAACGUGUCGGCGACGGCGGCCGUCGCCGACGCCGCGACGGCGCCCGCUCCCUUUACCGAAGACGACCGUACCGUCGCGUCGGCGUUCGACAACACCUCCCAAAUGACGGAGGGGCCCGGCUUCCACCGGGGCUACUGGCAGCGGGCCUACGGCGAGGCCCUGCCGACGCCGGGGUCGCUCGUGGCGUAACAAGAUGCACUUUC